UGGGCAACGAAACAGAGCUGGAGAGCAUGAGGCAAUGAGGAAGAUUAAGAACGAAUUUAUGACACACUGGGAUGGUCUCUUGUCAAGACCAGACCAGAAAAUUCUUGGUCUUGCAGCAACCAAUCGUCCUUUUGAUCUUGACGAGGCUAUCAUUAGAAGGUUCGAGCGCAGAAUCAUGGUUGGCCUGCCGUCGGUGCAAAAUCGGGAAUUGAUUAUGAGGAGGCUUCUGUCAAAGGAGAAAGUUGAUGAAGGAAUAGACUAUAAGGAACUAGCAACCAUGACUGAAGGAUACAGUGGCAGCGAUCUCAAGAACCCCUGCACAACGGCCGCAUAUCGCCCUGUGAGGGAACUGAUCCAGAAGGAAUUGGUAAUCUAA